AUGUUUUCACUAGCUUCUAAGCUUUAUGAAACUGUGAUUGGCAGUUCCGGAGAACAACUUUCUACCGAAAAUGAAACUAAAGACCCUCAGUCUGUACAAGUCUCGUUGGUAAAAGAAACUACAAUUGAAACUACCGAUUUUGCUGUACCGGCUAUCCCCGUACCUAAAAUGAAAAUCACUGAAGACACCGGUACGCGUUUAUUUCUUUAUGCCGCUUGUGAUUUGCUAACUUACUUUCAACCUUGCAUGUUAGACACGUUAGACAUUCCGCCAGCUUUUCCCUCUAUUGAUAGCCCUCAACGCACAAAACCUUCUCAAUCAAAGCUUACUCCUCUCGAAAAAGCCAACAAACUACGAAAAAAAGUAAAUUUAGAACCCGGCCACUCUGCCUUAGAUUGGGCAAGACUGAAAAAUAGUCUGGGGGGUGUUUCAGAAAUAAGAAGAUAUACCCUCGAUGAGCUCAAACUUCAUAAGACAAAGAAUGAUGCUUGGACUGCAAUUAACGGAAAAAUAUAUAAUAUCACUCCAUAUCUAAAAUUUCAUCCUGGAGGUGAAAAAGAAUUAAUGCGUGCUGCUGGUAAAGAUGGAACAAAACUAUUUAUGGAUAUACAUUCAUGGGUUAAUUAUGAUUUAAUGCUAGAUAAAUGCUUCGUAGGAUUUUUGGUUGGUAUAAAAACUACGUUGACUUGA